AUAAAAGAUCAUUCCAAGAGUCAACGUUCGCGUGAACCUCAAAUAUAUUUGACACCUGAUCCUGAACUUCCAUAUACUCACUCUUCAUUUUCCACUGGACAUAUACCAUUCUUUGCUCAACAACAACAACAACAACAAUUACAAUUACAGUUACAAGAACAACAACAACAAAUACUAUUACAGCAACAACAACAACAACAGCAACAAUACCAAGAAGAUGGAUCUGAUGUGGAUGUAUUAGCUGCUUUGGUGGAUGGUAAUGAUGACCGAUAUAUGCGUUAUGCUACCUCUGCUGAUUCUAUGCUUGCUGCUAUUCAAAGUCAAAAAUAUCGCAACAAGAUGAUUGAAACCAAUGCUUCUCUUGAUGAUCUUCGUUCUACAAAGGAUUACAAUGGUGUACGACAAUACAGUUUACGAGACUUUAGUGACACGAAAUAUCCUUCAUGGUCUGGUUGUGGUGACAAUGGUGGUUCUGAUACUCCAAUGACUUGUGAACAAAUUGAAUCUGUGAUGCAACUUUUGGGGAAAAAGUUUGGUUUCCAAGCUGAUAGUAUUAGCAAUAUGUACGAUCAUCUUAUGGUGAUGUUGGAUUCACGAUCAUCAAGGUUACGUCCUCAGAUAGCUUUGGAUUCUUUACAUGCGGAUUAUAUUGGUGGUGAAGAAGCCAAUUAUCGAAAAUGGUAUUUUGCAGCACAAAUGGAUUGUAUGGAUCGUGAUCCUGAAGAUAUCAAACAAGAAAUAGAAGAAAACAACAAUGAUGAAUUUGCCUGGUUACAAUCUGCAGAAACAAAAUGGAUGAAUACAAUGCGAGGACUCGAUAACGAAACCAAGAUCAGAGAUUUGGCUCUCUAUUUACUACUCUGGGGUGAGGCUGCUGCUAUUCGAUUUACUCCUGAAGCCCUUUGUUUUAUUUACAAGAAUGCACGGGAUUAUGACAAGUAUUCGGAUGACAAGGAUUUGACUGCUUAUGACAAGGUGAAGGAAGGUGCUUAUUUGGACAACGUGGUGACUCCUUUUUAUCGGUUCUUCCGGGAUCAAACAUAUGAAAAUUAUGAUGGCCGUUAUGUCAAGCGAGAAAAGGACCAUGAUCAAACUAUUGGAUAUGACGAUGUGAAUCAAUUUUUUUGGCACCCAAAAUGCUUUGAACGGAUAUUUAUUGAUGACAAGAAAACAACACUUGCAAGUCUGCCUCCACAUGCUAGAUACCAUGCUCUCUAUCAAGUCGAUUGGCAACAUGUAUUUAAAAAAACAUACAAGGAAAAACGAUCUUGGAUGCAUGCCUCCAUCAACUUUACUCGUGUUUGGAUUAUUCAUAUUGUCUCUUUCUGGUACUAUAUUAGUGCAAACGCUCCUACAAUGUAUUUGGAUCCUGAUCCUGCUAUUGCUUACGAAGAAUCGGCUGUUCAAUGGUCUGUUGUUGGUCUUGGUGGUGUGGUUGCCGUAUUGAUCAUGUUGAUUGGAUCCUUUGCUGAAUUGACCUACCUACCAAUGUCUUGGGUUAGUACCAAAAUCAUCACAAGGCGGAUUGGAUUCCUGAUUUUACUAUUGAUUAUCAACGCUGGCCCUUCCUUUUAUUGUGUAUUCCUGGAUCGUACAAGUCUUACUUCCAAACUUAUUGCUUUGACUCAACUCCUCAUCAGUAUUGCGACAACCCUCUUUCUCGUUUUUACUCCUUCAGCUUACCUCUUCAUUGGACGAGACAAGCGUUAUCGGAACAAUUUGGCUUAUCGACAAUUUACGGCAAACUUUCCUACUUUGAAACCAAUCGAUCGAAUCAUGUCUAUUUCCCUCUGGGUAUGUGUUUUUUCGUGCAAGUUAUUGGAAUCCUACUUCUUCUUGGCUCUUUCCUUCAAGGAUCCUCUCAAGGUGAUGUCUCGGAUGCAGAUUGAAAAUUGUAAUGAUGCAGUAUUGAAUACAUUACUUUGUGACUAUAUGCCUUCCAUUACAAUUGUUCUCAUGUUUCUCAUGGAUUUGAUUCUCUACUUUCUGGAUACUUAUCUUUGGUACAUCAUUUGGAAUACAGUAUUUUCUGUUGCUCGAUCGUUUUAUCUGGGUAUAUCCAUUUGGUCUCCUUGGCGAAAUAUCUUCUCUCGACUACCAAAACGAAUCUUUGUUAAACUGUUGGCUACUACUGAUAUUCAAAUUAAAUACAAGCCCAAGGUACUUUGCUCUCAAAUUUGGAACGCUAUUGUUAUCACUAUGUACAGGGAACAUCUUAUCACUGCUGAUCAUGUUCAAAGAAUGUUAUAUCAACAGGAAGCUAGUUCUACGGAUGGACGAAAGACAUUGAAACCACCAACCUUUUUUGUAUCACAAGAAGACACUGCCUUCAAGACUGAAUAUUUUCCCAAACAUAGUGAAGCGGAACGUCGAAUCCACUUUUUUGCUCAAAGCUUGACAACACCGAUGCCUCCUCCGAGACCCGUGGAAUGUAUGCCAUCAUUCACUGUACUUACCCCUCACUAUGGUGAAAAGAUAUUAUUGACCUUACGUGAAAUUAUUAGAGAAGAUGAUCAGAAUAGUCGUGUAACACUUUUGGAAUAUCUCAAACAACUUCAUUCAGCAGAAUGGGAAAAUUUUGUCAAGGAUACCAAGAUCAUGGCCGACGAAGAAUUAAAUGAAGAUAUCAAUCGCAGCACAUCGACAUUUUCUGAAAUUACCGAAAAAGGCACAGCAAAAGCAAAAGUGGAUGAUCUACCAUUCUACUGCAUUGGAUUCAAAUCAUCAAAACCUGAAUACACUUUACGGACAAGGAUAUGGGCAUCUCUUAGGGCACAAACUCUCUAUCGUACGGUCAGUGGAUUUAUGAACUAUCGAAAGGCGAUUCGACUUUUAUACAGAGUAGAGAAUCCAGAUAGUGUACAGGGCUAUCGAGAAGAACAUGAACAACUGGAAAAAGACUUGGAUCGACUUGCCAAUCGCAAAUUCAAGUUCCUAGUGGCUAUGCAGCGAUACGCCAAAUUCAACGCAACAGAAGCAGAAGAUGCCGAAUUCCUAUUCUCAGCUUAUCCUGACCUUCAAGUGGCCUAUGUAGAUGAAGAAGAACCUGCCAAGGAUGGUGUAAAUAAUGGUGAAUCAAUAUUUUAUUCGGCUUUGGUGGAUGGACAUUGCAAAAAGACAGAAAAUGGUAAACGUAUACCCAAAUAUCGUAUUCGAGUUCCUGGCAAUCCUAUCUUGGGUGAUGGUAAAUCUGACAAUCAAAAUCAUGCCUUGAUUUUUUAUCGUGGUGAAUUCUUACAAUUGGUGGAUGCAAAUCAAGAUAACUACUUGGAAGAAUGUCUGAAGAUUAGAAAUGUACUUGGUGAAUUUGAAAACUUGGAUCCGAUUGAUCAUUCUCCUUAUUCAGUAGCAUACAACGACAAUAACAACAAGAAAACAUCACCUGUGGCAAUCGUGGGCGCUCGGGAAUAUAUCUUUUCGGAAAACAUUGGUGUACUGGGUGAUGUGGCGGCUGGCAAGGAACAAACAUUUGGAACAUUGACUCAACGUAUCAUGGCUAAGAUCGGUGGCAAAUUGCAUUAUGGACAUCCUGAUUUUUUGAAUGCCAUCUUUAUGACGACUCGAGGUGGUGUUAGCAAGGCUCAAAAAGGAUUACAUCUCAACGAAGACAUCUAUGCUGGUAUGAAUGCCUUUACACGUGGUGGACGGAUAAAACACACAGAAUACUUUCAAUGUGGCAAAGGGCGUGAUCUUGGAUUUGGAUCGAUUCUCAAUUUUACAACAAAAAUUGGUACUGGUAUGGGUGAACAAAUGCUAUCACGAGAAUACUACUAUAUCGGUACACAGCUUCCAUUGGAUAGGUUCUUGACGUUUUAUUAUGCACAUCCCGGCUUCCAUAUCAACAAUAUCUUUAUCAUGCUGUCUGUCCAAAUGUUUAUGUAUGCAUUAUUAUUUAUUGCUGCGAUGGGAUCAACUCUGGUGGUAUGUGAAUACAAUGCGGAUGCUCCUGAAGAUGCUCCUUUGAGUCCUGCUGGUUGUUACAACAUGGUUCCUAUUUUUGAAUGGGUGAAACGGUGUAUUCUAUCUAUCUUUGUUGUAUUUUUUGUCGCCUUUAUGCCAUUGUUUUUACAGGAAUUGACGGAACGUGGAUUUUGGCGUAGUUUGACAAGAUUAGGUCGUCACUUUAUCUCACUAUCCCCACUGUUUGAAAUCUUUGUGACUCAAAUCUAUACCAAUUCUGUUUUGGACAAUCUGAUCUUUGGUGGUGCACAAUACAUCGGUACUGGUCGUGGAUUUGCUACAUCUCGUAUUCCAUUUUCUGUCCUGUACUCUCGGUUUUCCAAUUCUAGUAUUUAUUCUGGGGCGCGCAAUUUAGUGAUUAUGUUGUUUGUAUCCUUGGCAGUGUGGAUUCCUCAUUUGAUUUACUUUUGGUUUACGGUGAUUGCAUUGAUUAUCUCUCCAUUCGUGUUCAAUCCCAAUCAAUUUGCACUAGUAGACUUUUUGGUGGAUUAUCGGGAAUAUAUACGCUGGCUGUCUCGUGGCAAUUCAAAAUCGCACAAGAGUUCAUGGAUCAACCAUUGUCGAUUAUCAAGGACCCGGAUUACUGGUUAUAAACGACGGAUGAAAUCAUCAGAAGUGCUGGGCGAUAUUCCACGUGCACGAAUGGGAACAGUAUUUUACUCUGAAAUCCUUCAACCUGUGUUACUGGCUGUGUUAUGUAUUAUGCCUUAUGUGUUUGUGAAAAGUUUCGACCCUGAUGACAAUAUGCAACCAAGUACAGGACCUAGUGGUCUGAUUCGUAUAGGUGUCUUGGCCUUGGCUCCUGUUCUUCUCAACGCCGGUGCUUUGGCUAUCUUCUUUUGUAUCUCUAUCACUUUGGGUUCUCUCUUCAGUUUAUGUUGUGGCAAAUUUGGAUCCGUCAUUGCUGCUAUGGUACACGGGUGGGCGGUCAUCAACCUUAUUCUGAUCUUUGAAGGAUUGAUGUUACUGGAAGAAUGGAAACCAAUAUUUGUUGUUUUGGGAAUCGUGUCUAUUGUUGCUAUUCAACGCUGUGUACUCAAGAUUCUGACUGUAUUGUUUUUGACUCGCGAAUUCAAACAUGAUGGUGCAAAUCGAGGUUGGUGGACUGGCAAGUGGUAUGGUCAUGGGCUUGGUUGGCAUGCUGCAUCACAACCACUUCGGGAAUUUAUCUGCAAGAUUGUCGAGAUGAGUGAAUUUGCCACAGACUUUAUUUUGGGUCAUUGUAUCCUAUUUGUGUUAUCACUUUUCUGUCUGAUCCCCUGUGUAAAUACGGCACACUCACUCAUGUUAUUCUGGCUACGACCAAGCAAACAAAUACGACCACCCAUUUGGACAGCAAAGGAACGAAAAGAACGGUAUCGGAUAUCGAUUGUGUAUGGUCUGUUAUUCGUGCUGAUGUUUGUGAUCUUUGUGACAUUACUUGGUGCUCCCUUGGCAUUAGCCGGUUCUUUAACAUUUGUUGAUCCUAGAUCUCUUCCUAUUUGAUUCCUUUCUAUUAUAUAUUUUCCCUUUAAUUCAUUCAACUUAUAUUAUUAUUUUUUAUUAUUAUUAUUAUUAUUUUUAUUAUUAUUUUAUCAUAGAAUCAUCACCCCCAUUUUUGUCAUUUUGAAUUUAUCUUUGACCAAACCUGAAAAACCAAUCAAUAAAUA